ACUACCACUGCUAAUUUGAGUUUAGAUUUGCUGGUUGUUUACAUCCAUGGCGGUAGAGCCAGAAGUUGUAUAUAUAUACACGUCCAUCCUCUAUCUUUCAUCCACAGGUAAUUUUUCAGUAGAAGUAUUCUCUUCUGGAAUUCUUUGACCAUUUCAAUGGCUGCGAAAUCAUCUGCUUGCAGUUCUUAUUGGGUGGUCUUAGGACUGGCAGUGGUGCUGGCAGCCAUUGUUCACCGAGCUGACGCAAGGGCUUUCUUUGUGUUCGGUGAUUCACUAGUCGACAGUGGCAACAACAACUACCUGGCAACAACUGCUCGAGCCGAUUCACCCCCUUAUGGAAUCGAUUAUCCAACGCGUCAAGCAACAGGCCGAUUCUCGAAUGGCCUCAACAUUCCUGAUAUUAUCAGUGAGCAAAUGGGCUCAGAAUCCCCAUUGCCUUACCUGAGUCCCGAGCUAAGAGGACAAAGACUGCUUGUUGGUGCCAACUUUGCUUCGGCCGGAAUCGGAAUCCUUAAUGACACUGGAGUUCAGUUUAUAAACAUAAUAAGAAUGCAUAGACAAUUGGAGUAUUUCCAACAAUACCAGCAACGAGUCGGUGCACUCAUCGGAGCAGAGCAGGCCAAGCGACUAGUCAAUCAAGCACUUGUCCUGAUUACCGUUGGCGGGAAUGAUUUUGUCAACAACUAUUACUUGGUUCCAUCUUCUGCAAGGUCUCGCCAAUACGAUUUACCAGAUUAUGUUAAGUAUCUCAUUUCUGAGUACCGAGAACUAUUGAUGAAGCUGUAUAAUCUUGGGGCACGCCGAGUUCUGGUGACCGGAACUGGACCUCUGGGCUGUGUUCCAGCAGAGUUGGCAACGAGGAGCACAAAUGGUGGUUGCUCAGAAGAACUACAGCGAGCGGCUGCCCUGUAUAAUCCACAACUUGAGAGCAUGAUAAAGGAUGUCAACAGAAAAAUCGGCAGCAAUGUCUUUAUCGCUGCAAAUACUCACCAAAUGCACACUGAUUUUGUCAGCAAUCCUCAAGCAUAUGGAUUUACUACAUCAAAGACAGCAUGUUGUGGACAAGGACCUUACAAUGGCAUAGGACUGUGUACAACAUUGUCAAACUUGUGCCCUAACCGCGACCUCUAUGCAUUUUGGGAUCCAUUCCAUCCAUCAGAGAAGGCAAGCAGAAUUAUCGUACAACAGAUCAUGACAGGCUCCACCCAAUACAUGAAACCUAUGAACCUCAGCACCAUCAUGGCCUUGGAUUCUAGGUCCUGACGAUAAUUUUGUCAAGAAUCUACCUUCUUAAUCGCCAUAACUUAAUUCAACCCAGUUCCAUUUAUGUUCUUCAGUUUUUUUUGUUGCAUUUGUGUUUGCUAUCAUGGGAUUUUAUACCUAUGAGGCUUGAAUUAAAUUAUGUCUGUAAUGUAAGUUGCAAUUACAGCUAAACAGCUUCAUGAAUAAUUGAAAUUUUCUAUGCAUUCUCGCACAUCCAUUGUGUUUGUGUUCA